UGAUGUUCGUUGACAUGAAGAGUGAGAAUUUGUAGCCAGAGCUGAAUUUAUGGCAAUUUAUGAUUACAUCAGUCAGUAGAUCAUUGUUGACUUGUAUUAUAAUAUUCUGUUAAUUAAUAAAUUAGUCACAAAAAUGAUUUUACUCGAGAUUAAUAAUAGAAUACUAGAGGAGACAUUGAAUACUAAAAUAAAGAAUACUUUGUCAGGCCACAAACCAGAAUCUACGGAUACCUCCAUAGCAGAUUUUGAUGGAGCUUUAUUUCACAUUUCGAAUCUAAGUAAAGAUAAAGCAAAACUUAGAGUUAGUAUACUGCUCAAGUUUUAUAAACAGUUGCAAGAACAUGGCGCAGAUGAGCUACUGAAGCGGGAGUACGGUUCUUACCUUACUGAUCCGGAAAGUGGUUACAGUGUAACGGUGUUGAUAGAUCUGGAAAAUUUACCUGAAGACUGGGAGGCUUUGGUAAAGAAAAUAGGACUGUUAAAGAGGCACUGUUUUGCAAGUGUAUUCGAGAAAUAUUUUGAUUUUCAAGAGGCAUAUUUUGAUUCACCAGAGGAUAGUACGAAACUACAAAAAAGGGCAGUCAUUGAGUACCGAGAUCAGGAAUAUAUGUACGUCGAAGCAAAAAGUGAUCGAGUCACGGUAGUCUAUAGUACCAUUUUCAAAGACGAGGAUGAUAUGGUAAUUGGGAAAAUGUUUUUGCAAGAGUUGAAAGAGGGUAGAAGAGCAAGUCAUACAGCGCCACAAGUUUUGUUUAGUCAUCGUGAACCCCCAUUGGAAUUACAGGAUUCUGGGGCACCAAUCAGCGAUUGUAUUGGAUACAUAACCUUCGUUUUAUUUCCUAGGCAUACAAAUAGAGAAGCUCGCAACAACACUAUCGACUUAAUACACAUGUUUAGACAUUAUUUACAUUAUCAUAUUAAGUGCAGUAAAGUUUACAUUCACUCACGAAUGCGGACAAAAACUAGUGACUUUUUGAAAGUCCUAAACCGUGCAAGAUCUCAACCUAAGAAUACUGAAAAGAAGACAAUUACAGGUCGAACAUUCAUAAGAAAAGAAUGAGUGUAACAUGUCAGUCAAGAAAAUUGUGAUGAAAUUGGUUAAGUUGUUGCGAGAAAAGUUAUUAUAUUGUCUUGGAUUCCUAUUAGGAACAGUCUUCUAUCUUACUGGGGUUCACUAUGAGGUAGACUUGACUUAUAGGGCCAGCAAGCUGAAAGCUUCGUACCUCAAAUAGUCCCAAUUUUUUUGCGAUUCAAAUUGUAGUAUAUAAUUUCACAAAUGUUAAACUACCAAACUAUGGUAUUCCUAAUUUUUUUCCAUCUUUACUAAAAAAAUGAUAAUGCAAUCUCACGUUAACUUAAAAUGGAAAGAACUUCUACUGUUGCAGCUGUUAACGUUUUUUACUUGGUUCUUAUAAAUUUAAUUGUAUAAGAAUGGAUGCAAAUUCUUAACUUUAAUUGACGAUUAAUAAAAAAAACACUGUCAAAUUCAAUCAGUGCAAAGGACAUUAGAUAUGAAGGGCAUUUCAUCUCAUAUAAACGUUCUCCCUGACGCAAAUGUCUUUCGAUUUUCUUCACUUUGUGGUAAAUUGUAGUAUUAUACGACCUUCACUGGCGUGAGACCAAUUUUCAAUGAAAUGUUAUAGCGUUAAAACCAAAACAAAUCAAGUUUGAAAUUAACGGAUUCUUAAAAGAAAAUUGGUCAAACUCUACUACGUUGUACCAUUCAUUAAAUAAAAAAUAUAUAUUUCUCAUAAAUAUAUGUCCUUUCUAUAAUUAUUUGAAAUUUAAAAUUUUCAAUACCGAAUACCUUUAAAAAAUCUACCUUUAGAUUUUGAUAAAAUGCAUAUUAAAAGAAACCUUAGAAUUACAUAUAAAAAAGUGAAGAAUUCUGAAGACGGUUCAAGCUGGUUAGUUCCUGAUUUCAAAGUUUUCGAGUUUAACCAUUAAAUAAUUUUUGAAAUUAAUAUCUCAGAAUUUCCUGAAAUGUCUGCACGGUUAUAAAUUACAAAUUCGAAGUUUUCUUUUAAGAUGCGAUUUAUCAAAAUCUAGGAAUACGUGUUUUAAUAUAUUCAGAAUUUCAAUUUGUUGGUUAUAAACAUUAUAGAAAGGACAUAUAUUUUUAGAAAUGGUUAGCAUUAUCGUACAGCUUGCCAAGUUUCUAUUCAAAUCCGUUAUUUACAAACCUUUUUUGGCUUGUAAUUGAAAGGUGGCAGUCCAAAAGGUGCUAAGGGACAUUUUGACGAAAAGGGGUUUAUUGGCCCAAAAAUUAUUUUAAAAUCAAUUACACAUCCUAUUAAAAGGAUUUGCUGAAAAGCGCAUUUUUUAGUACAGUAAUAAAAAGUUAUUAUGCCGCAGGGUGUCAACCUAUAACUUGAAAACUUUUCAAAUUUUCUUUCUUUUUGAAUUACGAAGUUUUUUGUCAUGUAACUAGUUUGAUUUUUAUUCGCCAACAAAAUUAAUUUGAAGUAUUGUUAAAUUUAAUAUAAAAAUAAUCACAUUUAAUUACUUUUAAGAGCAAAAAAGCGAAAUAAGUCUGAAAUGAAUCAUUUGUUUGGAUAAAAAAUGGUUAAUUCUCAUUCAGCAUUCCCAUACCUCGAAAGCAUACAUUUAUUUGUGUAAAAAAUCAAAAAUUCUACUUUUGAACCCUACCGUGGACCGAUAUUUAAAACCUGUAAAAUUGUAGCGUCAGCAUUUUAGGUCGAUUUUCUCGGAACUGAAUAAUAUUUUUAAAUUAAACUUUAUUUACUCAUAUUCACAAACUCAGUAUCACGGAAGCAUGUUUUUUUUUAACUAAGAAUUUAAUUUUUUAGAUUAAUCCGCAGUCGUUCCCGCUCCAAUUUCAGUUUAGUGUCUGUUUCAGAUUGUCAACUUCCACAUCUAUUUCUGAUCAAUAUUUUUUGGCCUCCAAUAAGUAAUACUUCAGCUCGGAAGUGCAUUUUUUAAAAAUCUUUUGAUGGUGAUUUUACAGAAUGUUUUUUCGCUCUCCUCUAAAGUUGCCAAAAUUCCCCUUAGAACCUUUUGGACUGCCAUCCUUUAAUUUUAUUAAACUUUAGUUUCGUUUUUCUAAACAUACAUUUUUUCGGUUUUAAGCCAAUAAAAUUUUAUUUUAAAAUGUUCUGCAGAUAAAAGUGUACCAAGUUCCACCCUUCAUAUAUCGGUAGCCAUGCAAUAUGGUGUUUCAUGGGUUUGCAUCUACAAUAACGGCUCUUAUUACUACAAUUUACCAUAUUUUGAAAAAAAUAGAGCAGUAUAUUGUAUAUCGAGUAGGAGAAGGUUGGAAACUCAAGCGAGUGUGAAGUUUACUUUUCCUACUAGUUGGAAAAGUAAACUCACUUCGACCACUGUGACGUCAUCAGUUGAGGAAUCGACAACUUCGUCGUUCCUCAACGACCGCCUUAGCCGCGUUUCCAUCGCAGGUGUCGGACAAAGACGUUUGUUUUUUCUCAGUGCGCCCAUAUGAAAUGGAAUUCCCAAACUACAUUUUGUCGAUUUAUGUACAGUACCUAUGUACCUCUCCAUUUUCUAAAGUUCCGGAGUUGUAAUAUGCGGUAUUACACGACUGGGAGCUUGAUCGAUUGAUAAAUAGAAAAAUAGUUUUAAGCGCUUGUGUUAGUACUCAGCGACAUGAAAUUAAAGAUUCUUUUUGACGAGCAAAACAUAAUUUUUACUCCACACAAUCAAUUGUCUAUUCCAGAUUAUUCCACAAUCUGUAAUGUAAUCAGCCAAUGUAAUAUUAUUGUUUUAUAAUAUAACAUUGAAAUGUACACAGCAAGUUAUAAAAACUUACAUUUUUC